GGGCCUCUCACUGUUGUGGCCUCUCCCGUUGCGGAGCACAGGCUCCGGACGCGCAGGCUCAGCGGCCAUGGCUCACGGGCCCAGCCGUUCCGCGGCAUGUGGGAUCUUCCCGGACCGGGGCACGAACACGUAGUCCCCUGCAUCGGCAGGCGGACUCUCAACCACUGCGCCACCAGGGAAACCCAAACUUUUAAAAUUAAAAAAAUUUUUUGUUUACUUUGAUCUGGAAGUGUUCGCUACCUAACUGUAGUCCAUCGGCACCCUCGUGGCUAUAUCUUCUGGCGAUGCUGAUGCUGUUUCAAGGAUCCCAAUGACUGAUCUCUUUCCAGGUCCCCGCAGCCCUGACAUUUAGGGUGUCCCACACUGUGGAGGGAGCAUCGACCCACCACGGUCUGAGAGGACAUGUGGGAUCCUUUUUCAAGCCCCUAGUACCACCACUCAGAGAGAGAUGAGGGAAUUGAGGCUUCUUCCUCAAUCUUGAGCCUCUCAAAAGACUCAUGUUCAGUAUGUUGGCCACUCUGCCCACACAUCCUGUGGCGGUAGAGGAGCAUAGUGGGGCCACAUACGAGGCUUUAGAAUCGGGACACUGGCCCUCGCAGAGAUGCUGCCAGUCGGUAACUUGUAGGACCAUUUUUUGAAGCGUGGCCUUGGCUUGUUACAAAACAUGGGGAAUGUUUUUAUCUUUCUCAUUGUUUCUGUUCUUAAUUAAGCUGUCUUCAGUUUGGAGAUGUUUGUGCCCAGCUCAGUUACCGGACCCAGGAGAUGGCGCUACCAUCACCCCUGGGACUCCAGCGUUUGGUGAAUUCUGCCUGAUCGGGGCUGACAGUGGUUCUUCACUCUCCUUUGCCCCCGUGGCAGUGGGGCCUAAGUGCUGGCUUGGGUCUUGUCUGUGCUAUGACAAGGUCCACGUAGUGCCGUGAUUAUGGGCCUCUAACGUAGUUUUUGAAGCAGGGUUGGAAGAAAGCACUAUAUAAUGUAUGGGAUUGAGUGGACUUUGACCCAUAAGUUAGGACUCAAAGAGUUUGAAAACUCCCAGCGUGAAAGCACAUAGUGUUUGGGACAGUCUGUUUUUAGGACAUCUAGAAAGAUAGACUAAACCCAGCAAGAUUGCAGGUUUCGAAGUGUGCUGGUGUUAUAUAUGUCUGUGCUUAAAUAGACUCAUUCGUUUCUGAAGUCUGAAAUUUUUAUUCCAUAGGAAGGGGUUCAUUUGUCAACUUACAUGAAAGUUUUUUUUGGUGUUAAGUUAUCCCUAUGCUGUACUAGCACUCAACAAAGAGCAAUUCUUGAAGCAUUUCAUUUGGAGAGUUAAAGGCAGACUGUAAAAAGGAGAAGCGUUAUGACACUUAGAAAAUUUGUAUAGAUUUGGCAGCCAAAAUGAAUGAAAGGAACAGAGCUUGUAGAUCAAAAACUUACUUUUAGAACCAUUUUUUCCUACAGUAUUAUAUAUUAAGAUAUAUGCUGGCAUAUAUUAAAAUCAGAUAGCAUAUAUUAAAAUCAGCCUGGUUUCUAAUAUUUUGUAGCUUAUCCUGUUACACGCUGAAUAUCUGUAAGCCACACAAUAGGUGUGACUAAUGGGACUGAUUCUUUUGAGACACCUAUCAGAACAUUAAUUCUUCAGGACAGGGUCUAUAUUGUAUUUUGUCUCUACCUAGAUAUUCAGUUUUCUUCUAGACCCCUGACCUUUUCUAAGCCACAAAGCAGAACUAGUUCAGAUCUGUAAGGUGCAAAAAUAAACUUAGGAUCUGCUACAAUGGCAUCUGAUGACUUUGAUAUAGUUAUUGAGGCCAUGCUGGAGGCUCCCUAUAAAAAAGAGGAGGAUGAGCAGCAAACUAACGAGGUUGAAAAGGAGAGCCCUAGUAACACCACCAACAGCACCAGCCGUACCAGCAGCAGUGGCAGUGGCACCAGUGGGAGCAGCGCCAGUGGGGAGGCAAGCAAGAAGAAGAGGAGUCGGAGCCAUAGUAAAAGCAGGGAUAGAAAACGCAGUCGUAGUCGAGACCGUCAUAGGCGGAGAAGCAGUCGGAGCCGGAGUCGAGAUCGGCAGCGUCGUCACCGCAGCCGUAGCUGGGAUCGUCGACAUAGUAGUGAGUCACGAAGUCGAGACCGACGUCGUGAGGAUCGUGUGCGCUACAGGAGUCCACCGCUUGCCACUGGGCGUAAGUAUGGACACAGUAAGAGUCCUCAUUUCCGGGAGAAGAGCCCAGUCAGGGAGCCAGUUGAUAAUCUGAGUCCUGAGGAGCGGGAUGCCCGCACAGUGUUCUGUAUGCAGUUAGCUGCCCGCAUUCGGCCUCGAGACCUGGAGGACUUUUUCUCGGCUGUUGGCAAGGUUCGAGAUGUACGUAUCAUCUCAGAUCGGAACUCACGUCGUUCUAAGGGCAUUGCCUAUGUGGAAUUCUGUGAGAUCCAGUCUGUGCCGCUGGCCAUUGGGCUGACCGGGCAGCGGCUGCUGGGAGUGCCUAUCAUUGUACAGGCCUCACAGGCUGAGAAAAACCGACUGGCAGCCAUGGCCAACAACCUGCAGAAGGGCAGUGGUGGACCAAUGCGCCUCUACGUGGGCUCCCUGCACUUCAAUAUCACCGAGGACAUGCUCCGGGGCAUCUUUGAGCCCUUUGGCAAAAUUGAGAAUAUUGUCCUGAUGAAGGACUCAGAUACAGGCCGCUCUAAAGGUUAUGGUUUUAUUACGUUCUCUGACUCAGAGUGUGCCCGCCGGGCCCUGGAACAGUUGAAUGGCUUUGAGCUUGCUGGUCGGCCUAUGAGAGUUGGCCAUGUGACCGAGCGACUGGAUGGUGGCACAGACAUCACUUUUCCUGACGGAGACCAGGAGCUGGAUUUGGGAUCAGCGGGUGGACGUUUGCAGCUCAUGGCCAAAUUGGCAGAAGGCUCUGGAAUCCAGCUGCCGACCACCGCUGCUGCUGCCCAAGCUGCUGCCUUGCAACUGAAUGGAGCAGUUCCUUUGGGGGCCCUGAACCCAGCGGCUUUGACUGCUCUGAGUCCGGCCCUGAGCCUCGCCUCCCAGGCAAUCGCCUCCCAGUGCUUCCAGCUUUCCAGCCUCUUUACCCCCCAAACCAUGUGAGUGUCAAGGCCCAGCUCAUUUCAGUGUUCACAGUUACUUUCAUAGCUCCGCCUUCCAGUUUACGUCUUCUCCAUGCCACAGGUAAUUAGUGGCGCAGUCCACUGCCUCCCUGUGCCUCUGGGUCCUGCCACUCCCUUCUCCACGUCUACCCUUCCAUGGCCCCUUCUCUCCAUUCUGUGGACCAAACCAUCCUGAGGGUGUGAACAUUGGCGGUGGGGGAACUGGGACCCCCUCGGACACCUAGAAGAGCUCCUGCCACCGCAGCCGCAGUGGGAAUGGACUCUGGUGAGCAAAGCUGCCAGUUGAAGAGAACAGAAUCUGCACUUGCAUUGAACAUCUGUUUCUCUGUGUUUAUCGUCUCCUGGGAUGACCUUCCUUGCCCUUUCCAACCACCUCCUACUGAUUCCUUGAUUCCUCCCCCAUUGGGAAGGCCAUAGGGCAUUAACGGAAAGAACUAACCGCUCUCUGCCUGCCUGUACCUUUACCCUACAAUCUGUCACGGAAAACCUUUAAGACCUCUGGUCUGUGAGGACUUUGGAGUUUGAGGGAGUGAACCUUGAAAGUGCUGGCUUGCUGCUACAAGGGCCCUGGAAGAUAGCACAGACGUGUGUUGGGAAGCCUGCCUUAAACCUUAGCUUGGGGCCAGAACUGCUACUGUGGGCUCAACAUCUUGCUGGGAGGUGUGGGAAUGAUCUCUCCUGCCAGCCAUUUUGGAUGUCUUAGUGGCAUUCGGGAGUUCAGUGAAAGGUGGGCUACCUUUCAGGUAUCUUCCAUCUUCCUUUGUGUAGUUGUCCUUCCUUUGGCCCAGGGUGGGAGGAUGGAGGGGAGGCUGCUUCUCUCCACCACUUCCAUGUGCCUCUGGAGACUGUGGGCUCAAGCCCAGCUGGGCACACGUGAGUCCUUCUCACUGUAUUUUAUACCCUUGUGUCUGUGUACAUAAAUAUAAAUAUAUAUAUAUAAACUUUGUACAAAAGGCAGGUCCCACGGUUGUGGCGGCGGCUGCCCAUUUGUAUGGUCUCGGUCCAGUGGUGUGUCUGACGUUAACUUCUCCUGAGCCAGAACCACGAAUGGUUCUAGGGAUAUAAAACAUUUGUAAUGCCAUUGAGUUUUCUUUCCUUUAU